UUUUCUCUAAAGAAACUUUCAACUGAAUCCAGCAGGUUUUUCUCAACAACAGCAGCAGAAUCUGUGUCAAACACUGAGUGUAGAUACAGUAUGUCUGCUGCUGCCAGCUGUCUGCUGACUGAAGAUCAAUUUCUGUGCUCCAUCUGUCUGGAUGUGUUCACUGAUCCAAUCACCAUACCAUGUGGACACAACUUCUGCAAAACCUGCAUCACUGAACAUUGGGAUAAAAAUGUCCCCUAUCAGUGUCCCAACUGUAACAAGGUUUUCUACACAAGACCUGAGCUGCAGGUGAAUACUUUCAUCUCUGAUGUGGCUGCUCAGUUCAGACAGUCAGCUCAACAGAAAGUCAGCAGCAGCAAUUUAGAGCAGAAAGUUUCCAAACCAGGAGAAGUUCCCUGUGACGUCUGCACUGGAACCAAACUGAAGGCCCUGAAGUCCUGCCUGGUGUGUCUGGAGUCCUACUGUGAGACUCACCUGGAGCGCCAUCUGACGAGGUCAGGCCUGAAAAGACAUCAGCUGAUCAAUCCUUUGGAGAACCUGGAAGGCAGGAUGUGUUCGAAGCAUGAUAAACUGCUGGAGCUGUUCUGUAAGACCGAUCAGACGUGUGUCUGCAUGCUCUGCACCAUUUCAGACCACAAGACACACAAUGUUGUUCCUCUGAAAGAAGAAUAUGAAGGAAAGAAGGCCAAGCUGGGGAAGACAGACGCUGAAGUUAAGCAGAUGAUCCAGAAGAGACGACUGAAGAUUGAGGAGAUCAAACACUCAGUGGAGCUCAGUAAGGAAGAUGCAGACAGAGAGACAGCAGAUGGUGUUCAGGUCUUCACCGCUCUGAAGGAGUCUGUUGAGAGAAGCCAGGCCGAGCUCAUCGACACGAUCAAAGAGAAGCAGAGAAAGACAGAGAAACAGGCUGAAGGCUUCAUCAAAGAGCUGGAACAAGAAAUCUCUGAGCUGAAGAAGAGAAGCACUGAGGUGGAGAAGCUCUCACAGUCUGAAGACCACCUCCACCUCCUCCAAAGCUUCACCUCCCUGAACGCUGCUCCACCCACCAAAGACUGGACAGAAGUCAAUAUCCAUCCAUCUUCAUAUGAGGGGACUGUGGUGAGAGCUGUGAAUCAGCUGGAGGAGACGCUCAGUAAACAGAUGAAGAAGCUGUUUGAGGCUGAGCUGAAGAGGGUCCAGCAGUCUGCAGUGGAUCUGACACUCGAUCCUGAUACAGCACAUCCUGAUCUCAUCCUGUCUGAUGAUAGGAAACAGGUUAAAGAUGGUGAUGUAGCGAGGAAUCUCCCAGACAACCCAGAGAGAUUUGAUAUUUGUCCCUGUGUCUUAGCAAAGCAGAGUUUCUCUUCAGGAAGAUUUUACUACGAGAUUCAGGUUAAAGGGAAAACUAGGUGGAAUUUAGGAGUGGCCAGAGAGUCAAUCAACAGGAAGGGAGACAUCACAGUGAAACCUCAGAAUGGUUACUGGACCAUAUAUUUGAAGAAUGGAAAAAAGUACAAUGCAAGUGCUGGCCCUGAUGUCCGUCUUUCUCUGAAGUCUCGGCCUGAGAAGGUGGGGGUGUUUGUGGAUUAUGAGGAGGGUCUGGUCUCCUUUUAUGACGUUGAUGCUGCAGCUCUUAUCUACUCCUUUACUGGCUGCUACUUCACUGAGAAACUCUACCCAUACUUUUGUCCUUGUAUUAACAAUGGUGGUAAAAACUCUGCCCCUCUGAUUAUCUCUCCUGUCAGUCACUGAGUGAAACGAUCAUUUGAUUUUCUACAGAAACUUUCACUUUUAUUCAAUAUAAUGUAUAUUACUGGUGAUUUUGUCUAUAUAUUUUCUUUGAUAUGUCAAAUUACUACGACGACACACAGAUAUUAUGACAUUGAUUUAUAUUUUCAAUUGUAGUGCAAUCAAUUCUAACGAUUGCAUUAUAUUCCUUCAAGACAGUUCAAUCAACAAAAACAGUUUUCACAGAAAGAAGAAGCAUUCACACGUUCCUGAAAUGUUUUGGUGCUAAAUUCAUUCAUUUUUGUCUGUGCAUUGUAUAUAUAAGAAGUGCUUCAUACUGUCAGUCAUUACUGGGAAAGCUUUUCAAAAUGAGGUUUUUAAGAUAUUUAGUUUCCAUUACCAUGAUUGUGUUUUAUUAUAAAGUUUGUUUCUUAGAUAUAUUGAUGAUUUAUCUGAUUUGUUUUAACAUGAUGAAUAACUAUUGGUUAACAGCAGCAGCUCAAAAUGUUUGAUUUACCCUAGUUUUAUUGUCUUGUUUCUUUGCAGAUUGAUAAUUUGACACUCUUUAAAACUACAACUAGUUGUAUGAAAAACUGCUGUGUACCAUUAAACAAAAACAAAGGACAAAAAA